AUGAACAGCCUUGAUAUUACAGCUGCUGGAAAGCCAAAGUGGUUUGUGAGGAAGCCGCAUCAGUUUCUUCAUGUUUGGAUACUGAGAGAAUAUCUUAACCUUGAUUUGAGAUCCACAAAUCUGCCUGAAAAAUUUGAAUAUGAUAUUGAACGACUGAUUGACGAUUUCAUAUUCAUAUGCUUUUUCGGUGGAAAUGAUUUUCUUCCGCAUAUGCCAACCUUGGAAUUCAUGAGGUUUGAAUGCUUUUUCCUUUUAGGUGGUAUUAAUUUAUUGAUUCAUGUGUACAAGCAAGAGUUCAAGAACCUUGGAGGGUAUCUUGUGAAUAUGGAAAAGAGUGGUAAUAGAGAAGAGGAGUUGUUUCCUGUGAUAAGUACUCAUAAUCAGAAGGGUUCGUCUGUUGGUUCUGAUGUUUGUUCACCAUACACCGAAAAAUUACCUGAUCAUGAUGUGCAAAUGGCCGAGAAUACAAAAGCUGCUCAGAUGAUCGAGAAGACAAAAGCAUUGAAGGAACAAUUAAAAUCUUACAAUCGUGAGAUAUCGGAUGUUUUCAGAAACGGUCUUCUUUCAGACAUGGUGAAACUGGGUACUCCUGGGUGGAGAAAACGGUAUUACAAAUACAAGUUUUCUGCUGAAACGGAAGCGGAUAUGGAAAAUACGAGGAAAGAAGUGGUCGAAAAAUACACCGAAGGCUUGUGUUGGGUUUUGCUAUAUUACUUCUCCGGGGUUGCGUCAUGGACAUGGUUUUACCCAUUCCAUUAUGGGCCAUUUGCAUCAGAUUUUAAAGGUCUUUCAAGUACUAAAGUUAUGUUUCAGAUAGGAUCACCUUUUAAACCAUUCGAUCAUCUUAUGUCUGUUCUCCCUCCUACUAGUGCCCAUGCACUUCCGCCUCCAUAUCGAUCACUCAUGACAAGUGAUGAUUCGAAUAUUCUUGAUUUCUAUCCUGAUGGAUAUGAUUUAGCAGUUGUUGUGUCGAAAGAAUUCGCCACUGCUUUUCCUGAUCGCACUUUCAUCUCUCCUGUAGUUGACCUUCUUACUAAAAAUGGGCAAAAUGGUAAAAACAAUGGAAAAGGGUAUUAUGUGUAUGAAAAAGGUAGCAAACCAAAACCUGAUAAUAUGGUGUUACUAGUUAUAGAAGAGUCAAGAAGGGUAGCCAAUCUUAUGCCACAAGGAAAGACUGUAGCCAUGACUGAUGAAGAAAUAGUAGAGAUGGUGCUGUUUCCUGUGGUGAAUGAAGCAUGUCGUGUUUUAGAGGAAAAAAUUGUUGUUAAAGCAUCCGAUCUUGACAUUGCAUUUGUUCUUGGGAUGAGUUUUCCUUCAUAUCGUGGUGGCAUUGUUUUUUGGGCAGAUGUUGUUGAGAGUAAACACAUAUAUACAAGUCUGAAAAAAUGGUUUGAAAAAUAUGGCAACUUUUAUAAACCAUCAAGAUUCUUGGAAGAAAGAGCCAUGAAUGGUGUCCCAUUGAGUGCACCUAUAAAUACGGGUUCUAGAGCACAGGUUAAUUGGCUGCUGGUGAAUGCUUGUUGGAUCAAGUUCAAUAGCAUAAAACCAACAAUUGAUGGUGAAGCUUAUGAAAUUGAAGAUGCUUCCAGUUUCCACAUGGUACUUGUUCAGAUUCCCAUCUGUAAUGAAAGAGAGGUAACAGAUCAAUCCCAAUUGCUUGUUGAUUUUGAUGUGUCUAUCAAUAAUCAAUUGCCUCUACAUGUCGAUUUACUUGCUGCCAAAGAUUACCUUACUCUGGGUAAAGCCUUCAUCAUGAACUACAACCUCACCUCAAAAUAUGAUUUUCACACUUAUAUGAUUCGAUCCAUGGAAGAAGAAUUUCAGAGAAUACUUGUUUUGCUUGUAGGGACAAAACUGCAACAUGUUAUUGCUACUUUGGCACUUGAAAGUGAUGCAAAUACAGGAGGCUUCUUUGCUGAAAGAAGGUUAAAGCCUCGAGAUGAAAUCUUUUGGUUUAAAAAGCCAGAACUUUUGCUCAACUUAAUCCAUUUUAUUCUUUUCCAGGAUAAAUUCGUAUGCAAAACGCGUUUGAGCUAG